AAACAACGUUGAAUUGCCAUCAACUCGAAAAUCCAUAGCUUAAACACAGACCAUGCCUGAUAUAUUCACCAGCGUUUGGGUAGAAAUUUCGCAAAGCUUAAAGGAUAGAAUUUCAUUUGUUAUUGAUGCUGAUGUAUACCUAAACAAACUCUGCAAGCGCACUGGAACACGGAUGGUGGACAUGCACAAUAACUCCACAGCCAUCCAUGGGAGGUGGGGUCAAAUCCUUUUACUUCAUAGACUCUUGAUGAAAAAGCAGUGGAGGAAGCUGAACAGGAGCAAUACCUCUAAAAGAUUGUUUAAGGGGUGCAGAUUACGGAGACAGAAAUUACUUACUGAGCAAAGAAAAGACCAUUGUGAGGCAAUUAAAGAUGGGAACACCUUAAUAAAAUUAGAUGACGACUUGAACGGCUUAAUAUCUGAAAGUUCCGUAAAUCAUGAGAUAGCCGCUUCAAGAACUGUACAAAAAACUGACAUUCUUCAAGAAGAACAAGCAAAAGAUGAGCAACGGGUCACAACUGCUGAUUGUCAGUUGCAAUGUGAACAGACCAUCACCGAGUCAUCUGAUAGAGAACCUGUUGAUAAAUUGGAGAGCAAAUAUGAACGUGAUGAAAGUGAAGAUAGCAUCAAUAGUGAUGAUGAAAAAGAGCUAAAGAUGAAUGAAAUUCAAACAAAUGAAAAGGAACUGCACCCUGAAAAGUCAUUGAAAGUAUUCAAAUGCACCAAAUGUGACUUUACCAGUAACCAUAGAAAUUCUGUAAGGGAUCAUGGAUUAAGGGUUCAUUUGGCAAUACCUGAAAAAUGCCAGUUGUGUGAAAAAGUUUUUCCUAGUUGUCAGCACUUGAAAAGACACAUGGUUUGCCACCAAAACGUACAGAGCAUUUGUGAUGUCUGUGGAAAAGUUUAUAAAACUGCAAGAACUUUAGAAAAGCACAGGAAAACACAUUGCAGUAAUUUUCAGCUUCCAAAUUUUCAAUGCUUACAAUGUAAAAGCUCAUUUUCUUCUAAGGCAGUGUUAGAAAACCACAUAGAAACUCAACAUGCAGGAAAGAAAGCAUCUUUCUUGUGUGCAACAUGUGGAAAGGUAUUCACCCGAAAAUACUCUCUACAGCAACAUCAGCUUCUCCACACAGGGUCCAGGCUUACAUGUGAUGUGUGUCACAAGUCAUUCUCAUGUGAAUCAUCCCUAAGAGAUCACAAAAAUAUCCAUUCAGAUUUAAAGUCAUACCAGUGUCCUGUUUGCUUCAAGUCUUUCAACCAGAGGACGUCACUGCAGAAGCACUCAAAGAUUCAUGCUGGAGACAAGUCAUUCAAGUGUACGGAAUGCGGGAGAGGGUUCACCCAGAAACAGGCUCUGCAGAGACAUGAAAGGUCUCACAAGGGACUGAAGCCAUUCACUUGUAAGAUUUGCCACAAAUCUUAUGGCGAUGCAGCAAUUAUCAGGAAGCACCUAAUUCUUGUUCACAAAAUUAACAAAGAUCCAUUGAAAUGGAAAGAAGACAUUAUCCAGAAUGAAUUUGAUAGCUCAUUUGUUGCAUCAUAUGAGCCUGUGGAUCAAAGCCAUUUGGAAAGAAAUGAGACACAGAUUCCAACAUACAAUACUUAUGAAGGCAAUGACAUGAUUUCAACAGAGAACAUUAAUGAAAUGCAGUUGCCAAUGGCCACUGAUCACAAUGCUAAAUCCUUACCAGCCGCCCUCCCGGAAGAUUUAUCAAUGUCAACUCCAGAGGUUCAUCACAUUCAAAGCCAAAUGCAUCAACUCCCGUUAACGAUGUAUCAGCACUCACAGACUCUAUACAGUGACCAUGUUGAUCCAUCGGGGGUGGAUCAUGGAGUUUAUCCAACCCAACAUGACCUCAGCUCAGUUGCUGCCACUUAUCCAUACAUUCCAUCAUCACAAACGCAACCAGACCAGAAUUUAGAAAAUAACCACGCUUCCUCGAAUCCCUAUCUAGCCACUUCCCAGCCACAAACUGUAGAAAACAUGGAGGACAAUACAGCUACUUCUCUUCCAUACCUAUCCAACCAGCCACAUCCUCCAUCACAUGUAGAGGAGGACCACAACUCUUCUUCUCAUCAGUAUGGUGAUGCAAUGCUGGAAAUGAGCAAUGCACAGAGGCCUGAGGGUCAGACAGUAAAACAUGCCCCUACAGACAAUGACUCCACAGAAAACCUGUCUCUCUCCACCCUGUAUGCCUAUUACUCCAGUCUGGCCUCUCAGUACUUGAAUAUGACGGGAUACAAUGGGUACACUCAACCUACAGAGGACCAGCAACAGUCUCAACAAAAUGUUUGAGAUAAACUCGGAUAUUAUUUCCACAAAGUACAUGUAUCAAGUUGGAACUCUUAUUCAAAAGAUUGUUUUAGCAGCUGCUGUAGUCGUGAAACACAUUUGAACUUAUUAGAUAUAAAUGUAGAUGUUUCUAUCAUCUUAAAUAUUACUUGUUAUAAUCUAUUAGAAUUGGUUAUUUAUACUUAUAGUCUACAUGUAUGUGUACAGUAAUAAAAGAUUGAAUAUA